CAAUCUGCUGUGAAUAUACUUUUUCUCUCCACAUUGUUGCCUCUUCCUGCUGAAAUUUGUUUGCCCUGCAACUCCUUUUCGUGCUGCUUUAAUCAAUUCAAGAAACCGAGCUGAUACGCCCCUCUCAAUAUCUACUGCCAAUCUUUGUUCAACUCUGCUCGGAAAGUAUAUCAAGAGUCUUUAGAAAGUUUUGCUUACUCUUCCUUCUCUUAAAACAGGAAAAGAAUUGGGAUAUGGCCGAGGCAAUUGGGUUCUCUAUUUUGGGAAAAUUCACAGAACUUUUUGUAGAUUACUUGGUGUUCCCAAUAGGACGAAAGUUUGGAUAUCUAUUUUGCUACAACAACAACAUUCAAAAUCUGGAAAAAGAGGUCAUGCAUCUAAAAAAUAUAAGAGAUGGGGUGCAGCAAUCAGUAGACGCAGCCCAAAGAAACUUACAAGUUGUUGCACCACAUGUGCAGGACUGGCUGACAAAAGUGGAAGAGGUCGAGAAAGAGGCAGACGAAGUUGAUAAACUCAAAACCAAAGUUGAAAGGGGUUGUUUGAAUGGAUGGUGCCCGAAUCUGGUAUCUCGUUACUCGCUGAGUAGGAAAGCCACGAAAAAGACUCAGAAUAUCUAUAAGCUCAAACAAGAUGGGGACAAGUACACUCAAUUGACAUACCCUGCACCACCCAUGCAAAUGGCGUCUGUAUCAACAGAAGAUUUCCAAGGCUUUGAAUCCAGGAUGUCGACGACAAAUGAAGUUAUGGAGGCUUUGAAGGAUGGUGAGAUCAGAAUGAUUGGGAUAUGCGGUAUGGGUGGAGUGGGUAAAACCACAAUGGUAGAAGCUGUUGCCAAAAGAGCACAGAUUGAGAGGUUAUUUGAUGAGGUUACUAUGGCUGCUGUGUCCAACAAUCAAGAUUUGAUAAAGAUUCAAAGUGACAUAGCAAACAUGUUGGAUUUGAGCCUUGAGAAGGAAACCAGCCUUCGUGCAAGAGCAGACAGACUUUGUACGAGAUUGUCAAAUGGGAAAAGAAUUCUUGUAAUAUUAGAUGAUGUUUGGGAAAAACUUGAUUUGAAAAAACUUGGAAUUUGUUUUGGAGCUGGCCAAAAAGGGUGCACAAUUGUAUUGACUUCUCGAAACGAACGUGUUUGUAUUGAGAUGGAAUUUCAAAAAAUCAUUGUAGUCCAAGUCCUACCUAAGGACGAAGCAUGAAAUUUUUUUAAGAAGCAGGCGGGAAUUACCAAUGACAUCCCUGUGCCACAGGCCAUAGCAAAAGAGGUUGCAAAUGAAUGUGGAGGCUUACCUCUUGCAAUUGUAACUCUCGCCGAGGCACUGAAAGGUGAAAAGGAGCAUUCGUGGAAUAAUGCACUUCGAGAACUACAGAGGUGUAACAGAAUGCCACAAAAGGUUCAAACCAGUAUAGAGUUGAGCUACAAUCUGUUGAACAGAGAAGAAGCCAAGUCAUUGCUUCGACUUUACAAUUUAUUUCCGGAAGAUUCUGAUAUUCCUCUCGAGUGUUUGGUUAGAUAUGUGGUAGGACUAUGUUUGUUUGAAAAAGUUGAAACUGUGGCAGAAGCAAGAGACAUGGUGUACUCAUUAAACGAUCAACUCAAAAGUCGUUUCUUGAUACUCCACGGUGAUGGAGAGAAAGUGAAAUUACAUGAUGUUGUACGCGAUGUAUGCAUAUCAAUUGCAUCUAAAGGUAGGGAACCAUAUUUGGUAAGGAAUGAUGCAGGAUUGAAAGAGUGGCCACAAGAAGAUACAUUCAGACAUUGCUCAGCCAUCUCAUUGAUGUUCGACCAAUUGGACAAGUUUCCUAUUGGAUUAGAUUGUCCGAACCUCAAGCUCUUACAAGUGCAAUGCAAGGGUGAUCCACGAGACGACCCUACUAAUGAGAGUUGUACCAGAGUUGACUCAAUAGGUUUUUUUGAAGGGAUGAAAGAACUCAAAGUUGUUGAUUUAAGAUCAAUGUGCCUUCAGCUUACCCGACAACCACUCAAAUCUUUGCUAAAUAUUCGAACAUUGUGUUUGGAUUUUUGCCGGCUGGACAAUAACACAUCCUCCAUGAUUGGAAGCCUAAAGAGCUUGAGAGUUCUCAGCUUUUUUAAAUCUUACAUUGAGGAAUUACCGAGUGAAAUUGGACAACUUGAGCAUCUACAAAUAUUGGAUUUGAGGUUUGCGGGACGCCCUGGAAGAAUUUCGCCAAAUAUUUUGUCCAAGCUGGAUAAACUUGAAGAGUUGUAUGCAGGCGAAAAUGACAUGAAUGAUAGCAUUGCAGAGUUGAACUCAAUGUCUUAUCUGAACACGUUAGAUAUUUGCACAAGUGUAACUGCUGUGCUAAAAUUGAAACACUUUUGCUUUGAUAACCUGAGAAGAUUUCGCAUAACAAUUGGUUCUCCGGUGUCAUUCAAUCUGUUGUUAUUCCGUCUGUCGGAAGGCUACGGGUUACAAAACAGCUUGAGUCUCAAUGAUUGUGACUUGGGUAUGCUUUAUGACUUUGGGAUAAAAGUUUUGUUGAAGAGAUCCAAACAUGUCUCGUUUCUAAAUCUGAAAGGCUUGGGAAGUAAUAUUUUCGAUGCCCUUGAUGUAGAUGAUUCGGUAAGCUGGGAGAAACUCUGUGUUUGGUAUUGUGAUGAGCUCAAAUAUCUUAUUUGUAGGGAUAUUCCGGGGGAGACCUUUGCCUUUGGAAAACUGCAAAUGUUGUGGCUAGAGAACCUACCUGCAAUGAAGGGUCUAUUUCCAGAGUCCAUGGUCAAAUGUUUGGUGCAACUCCAACAACUAAUUCUAUUUCGGUGUAAGAAAGUGGAAUACAUUGUUGCAAAGAAAGGAGGAGAAGAUGAAAAAGAUUCUGAAACCAUCGUUUUCCCAAAACUGACGUACUUGCUUUUGCAAGAUCUGGACAUGCUUAGAAGCUUUUGCUCCAACUCUGAUAUUUUGUUCCCCAAACAGGUUUUUCUGCCUAACUUGGAGAUACUGCAUCUCGGCAGAAUCAGUGUGGUGCACAUAGUAGACUACCAAAUGCAAGGUGGGUCCUUCCACAAACCAAGAGGCUUGGAUGUGUCGUAUUGUGAAAAGGUUUUCAAUGUUGUUGCACCUGGUCAGCAAAAAUUAUUUCCAAAUCUCCAACAACUUCAUGUCAAUGGUUGUUGCGAACUGGAAGCAGUGUUUAACUUCGAGGGGUUAACAGCUCGGAGAGAUCAUGCAGAAGUCACACUUGGUCAGUUGAUGUUAUUGGAAUUAGGUGAUUUACCUAAGUUAAUGCAUGUAUGGAGGAUGGUUCCCAAAAACCUUCAAGGUUUUCAGAAUUUGACAAGCAUUGAUAUUUCAAACUGUGAGAGCUUGAGAUACAUAUUAUCACCUACUAUCGCGAAAUUGCUUGGGAAUCUAAUGUUGCUACAGGUUCAUAAGUGCAAGAUGAUUGAAGAAAUUAUUGACACGGAAGAAGAUCUUUUGAAGAUCAAGAUUUUAGACGAGAUUGUUACUACAAAGGAGGAAGAACAAAUGAUAGGGGACACAAUUUUGUUUCCACAAUUGAAAGAGAUAUCGCUUGCAAAUCUAGAAAACCUCAAUUGCUUUUGCUCUGGAAACUGUGAAUUUCAAUUUCCGUCAUUGAAUAAACUGGUAAUCAGCGGCUGUCCAAACAUGAAGACUUUCAGCUCUGGACCACUAAGCACAGGAAAGCUAGGAGAAGGAAAUAUAUCCAUUGGCGGACAAGAAUUUUGGAUGGGUGAUCUUAACACAACCAUACAAAAUGCAAGCGAACUGUAUGUCUUUAUUCUUUUCAAUUUCUUCCUUUUAUUUCUCACUUCCCCCUGAAAAAUUAAAGAAGAUAGUUAUCUAUGCACUAUUGCCCAGUUUCAUUUCAAGGCUAAACUAUUUCUCUCCUUUUAAGUCACCACUUUCCUUCUUGUCAUCUAGCCUCAAACAGAAGAUUAUUAUGAACAAGAUGAAGAUGAUGAUGAUGACAAAGCAAAUAGAAGCAGCAGAAGAUGAUGAAGAUGAUGAGCGUGUCAAGCAAAUAGAAAGAGAUGAUGAAUAAGAUGAUGAAGAAGGAACAAAUGAGCUUUCUUUAACAAUAAGAAAAAGAGUGUUUGCUUUGAGGUUCUCUCUCUCUGUAUCAUACACACGGUUGAAGAUCAGUAGCUGAAUGAUAUGCCUCUAUGCAAUUUAAUUAUGUAACCUUUGUUUGAAAAUUCCCAAGAUUGGACAGUAAGAGAAGACCUUAUUGUUGUCAUUGAUUGGAGUUUAAUACAUAUUUCAUUGUAUUGGAACUGAUAAGUUAGUCUAUGCUAAAUU